AUGCGCCCCACGGGGCAGGGUGUACCUACACCAGCAGGCCGCGGUAGAGGCCAUGGCGGAGUCUCUGGUUCUAGCGGUCCUUCGAACCGCACUUAUGCUUUGGCUGCCCGAUCGGUCGCUCAAAAUAAUUGGUCUUUAUCCGUACCCGAUGAAAAAAAUGGGAUCACCUCUUAUGGACUCGUUGAGAAUGAUUCUGAUCUAGUUUGUGUCUUAUUAGAAGUAGAUGGCGCUCUGGUGGGAUAUUUAUGGAUGGAAAAAGAUUGUAAUCAGUUUGAUAAUGAUCGAGUGACAUUGCUUCUUCGGCCCGAAUCGAGGAAUCCUUUAGAUAUGAUGCAAAAUGGCUCUUGUUCUAUCCUUGAUCAGAGAUUUCUCUAUGAAAAAUAUGAAUCAGAGUUUGAAGAAGGGGAGGGAGAAGGAUCCCUUGACCCGCAGGAGGAUUUAUUUAAUCACAUAGUUUGGGCUUCUAGAAUAUGGCGCCCUUGGGGAUUUCUAUUUUAUUGUAUCGAAAAGCCUAAUGAAUUGUCAACUUAUUCUGGGUCCGAAUAG